AUCAAUUGAGAUGUGAUAUUCAUGCCUUGAAGCCUGAGGUUCCAAUCACGGGAUCUUCCGGCAUUCGCUCUGGUCUCCCGAACCUCUCGAUCAUCAAAAGUCCAACAGCACUUUACCAUCUCUCAUCCUCCAUUGCAACUCGCCAAUUCCCACCCAUCCCGUCCUUUAAUCAACGAAUCGGGAGCAUGUCGCCCACACUCUCUCGCGCUGUCCUCCGACAGCGGCAAUUUGCCCUCCGGCGCAUCUUCUCGCGACAUGCCUCAACCGCCGAAGCCGCCCAGGCGAAAACCUCGGAGGCCGCGUCAAAAGCAUCGGAAGGCCUGUCUCGGGCACAGGCAUCGGCUGGAUCGGCUUUGAGCAAGGCUGGGUCGGCUGUUGGCGCUCUUGGGAAUGCAAUUGGGAGCAUUGGCGGCCGGACGGGCAGGCUGGUCGGAUUCGUUAACUCCCUCAUUCCGCCAACGAUACACUACUCGAAAGUCGGACUUGAGCUUGGAAAGCUCAUCUUCGAGGGAAGGAAAAUGAGCCCACCAUCCAUGGCCACUUUCCAAACAUAUUUCCAAUCCGCAUUCAACAGCAUCCGAAGUACUUCUGCUGCCAGCGGCACCGCCAACCCCCGAAGCGCCCUCCAACAGGUCCGAAACCUCAGCACCGCUGAAUUGACGGCUGCCGGCGUCGUGUUGGCCGAGGUGCUCGGGUUCUUCUCAAUUGGCGAGAUGAUCGGACGCCAUAGUAUAAACCCGAUGGACGUUUUCAAGCUCCUAACGAGAUCUACCAAGAUUUCUCGGUCCCAGACCGCCCGACCGUCCAAUGCCAAACUUCCCUCGACAGGUGCGCCGUCCAAUCCACAGCUGUUCGGCAACGGCGACGACUCGCAGGGCAAGUCCAAUCUAGGAAAGAGGAAGAGAGGCGGUGCGGCGGCCAGCGAAUUCGCAAAGAAUGCUUCGGAGCCAGGCGAUCGAACGUCCAUGUCGAAUGGCGAUACGAAAAUCCACACAAAUGGGGAGGAAACAUCUGGACAGGUCUCGGGACGGCCUACAGGCAGACAACCACAGGAGGAAUGUCUACGGAUAUUGCGGUCUCACAAGGUGAAGAUUGUUGUCCUGGACUCCGAGCCGAAACAAAGCAAAGAGAGCACCGGAUUGAAAAAAUCAAAGAAGGAAAAGGGAUCGUCCAAGGAAUCUGGAUCGGGCUCGAAACAUAAACAGGAGCUUUUUCCCCAGCCUCUCGUGUCCUUCGACCAACUUCGGACCCAAUACAAUAUCAGCAGGAGGCUACUAUCGAACAUCAAAGACCAAGGCUAUGUGGUCCCCACGGAGGUGCAACUCGCAUCUAUACCACUGCUCCUGGAUCCAGCCAAGUCUUUGGCCAAUUCAGAUUCCUUCGUGGACACCGAUGCACCGGACUUACUUUCAAUCGCCCCCACGGGGAGCGGCAAGACCCUCGCCUUUCUUAUCCCAAUUCUCCACCGGCUGAUCUCAGAGCGAAAGAAGUCUAAGAGCGAAACGGAGGAGCAUGGGUUGAAAGCCAUCGUACUCGCGCCGACCAAGGAGUUAGCAUCACAGAUUGCUAACGAAGGCAGAAAGUUGGCUUUGAAUACGGGAAUUAAAGUCACGCUCUUUCGAAAAGGCAUGAAGAUUGGCACCUCAUUGGAGCGUGUUGGGGACGAAGAGCAAAGCGACAAUGAGAGCGAUGUGGAUGAUCACGAGAAGCGAGCUGCCUUGGAGAUCAAGUCACAUGUCCUAGUGUCCACCCCGCUGGCGCUAUUAAAUUCCUUGAGCAGUGACGACGGCAAGGAGCGCUCUCUCCCAACCGUGCAACAACUAGUGUUGGACGAAGCCGACGUGUUGCUAGACCCGCUAUUCCGAGACCAAACGUUGGGGAUAUGGAAAAAGUGUACGAAUUCGAACCUACAGUCCACUCUCUGGUCCGCAACGAUAUCUUCAAGCAUUGAGGAAAUCGCCACCAACUUUUGGAAAGACCGACGGCGCCCCUCUAAGAACGAUGCUUCAUCAGAAUCAAAAUCUCUACUCCUACGAUUGGUGGUCGGCAUCAAAGACACCGCCGUCCCCAACAUCGACCACAAGCUCGUCUACGCAGCCACCGAGCAAGGCAAACUCCUAGGUCUCCGCCAACUAAUCCACCCCUCCGCCCCCCAGGGCGAAGCCGGCCCCAGCCUCCGGCCCCCCUUCCUCGUAUUCACCCAAACGAUCCCCCGCGCCGUCGCGCUGCACUCCGAGCUCCUCUUCGACAUCCCCCCAGAAGCAGGCGGCGCCAGCCGCCUCGCCGUGCUGCACUCCGACCUCUCCGAACAGGCGCGCGACCGCGUGAUGACGCGGUUCCGCAAGGGCGAGAUCUGGGUGCUGAUCACGACGGACCUGCUGGCUCGCGGGGUGGAUUUCCGCGGGGUGAAUGGGGUGGUGAACUACGACAUCCCGAACUCGGCGGCGGCGUACGUGCAUCGCGUUGGGCGGACAGGCCGGGCGGGGCGGGAGGGCGGGGUGGCGGUGACGUACUAUACGAAGGAGGACAUUCCGUACGUCAAGAACAUCGCGAACGUCAUUGCGGCGAGCGAGCGAUCGAGGGGCGACGAGAAGACCACGAUCGAGCCGUGGUUGCUGAAUGCGCUGCCGACGCCGUCGAAGCGGGAUAAGCAGUUGUUGAAGAAGCGGGGCGUGCCGGCUCGGUCGGUGAAUGCGCUGAAUGGGAAGGGUGACGGAAAGGGACCAGCUGCUGCGCGCAUCAGUACGAAGAGUGGGUUUGAGCGGCGGAUGGAGAAUAAGAGGAAGGCAGCGAAGAGUCACCAUCAGUCGGAUCGGAAUGAUGCUGUUGUGAAGCAUGUGUUGGAGGAAAAUGAGAGUGAGUUCGAGGGCUUCGAUGACUGAUGGGGUCAGUAUACAGUCUGGUGCCAAAAAAGAACUGCUUCAAGCAUAGUUCGAACUCGUAGCCUCGCACUACUAGAUUUUCGCUUACGUAAACACUCGAUGUACCUUUUGAACCCCUAUACCAGCCAGUUGU